AUGUCAGAAGGGGAGAGCAAGGACAGCUCGGGCAGCGAGUGCCCCGUGUGCUACGAGAAGUUCCGGGACCUGGAGGGCGCCAGUCGGACGCUGAGCUGUGGCCAUGUGUUCUGCCAUGACUGCCUUGUCAAGUACUUGCUGUCCACCCGCAUAGAUGGGCAGGUCCAGAGGACCCUGGUCUGCCCCAUCUGCCGCUACGUCACGUUCCUCAGCAAGAAGAGCUCCCGCUGGCCCUCCAUGCUGGACAAGAGCUCCCAGACCCUGACUGUGCCUGUGGCCCUGCCCUCCGUGCCCCCACUGGACAGCCUGGGUCACACAAACCCCUUGGCUGCCUCCUCCUCCGCCUGGAGGCCACCCCCGGGCCAAGCCAGGCCGCCGGGCAGCCCGGGCCAGAGCACCCAGCUCCCCCUGGACCUGCUGCCCAGCCUGCCCCGGGAGUCGCAGAUCUUCGUCAUCAGCCGCCACGGGAUGCCCCUGGGGGAGCAGGACAGCGUGCUGCCCCGCCGCAGCCUGGCAGAGCUCUCAGAGGCCUCCCCGGCGCCCCGCUCCGCCCGUGCCUUCUGCUGCCGAUCGCGGGCCCUGCUGCUCAUCACGCUCAUCGCCGUGGUGGCCGUGGUGGCCGCCAUCCUGCCCUGGGUGCUGCUGGUGAGGAAGCAGGCGUGA